AUUUCACACCAGUCUAAAGGAAGAACCGAAGCCGAGACCCUGAGCGUUGACUCGCGUGAGGAGCUCUACGGCAAACCCCUUCUUAUCUGAUCUCUGGAGCUUCCGAUCAAUUUUAACGUGAAUGCAGGCAUGUCUUUAAGGGAAGGCACCGUUUAUGGUUGUUAUUUUUUUAACUAUAGCUCUUGAAACCUGUAAGAUCACGCGUGUGUGAAGCAUUUCUUUUCUUGAGAAAAACAUUUACAACGAUGCUCGUGGAUUUGUAUGACACGCAUAUUGUAGGAUUUUUAAAUACACGCACGAUUGUGAAUUUAUCGGUGAGUGAGGCGUAAGGUUUGAAAAUAAAUGUGUGUGCAAGACAAAUUAGUUCAUGCAUAGUCUUCCAUUGUAAAAGGAUUCCCGUAAUUAUUUGCAUAAUCUAUGAAUCUGAUUUUUUAUGCGUUUUUACAUUGCUUUUUUUGGUGGGAUUGGAACACAGCGCUAUGCUAGAUCUUUGUUAAAUAUUUAACCCUGAGACUGUUCCUCUGUAAGCAUCAUGAUGGCAAAACAUUGUCCUAAUGAUGACCUAAGUAAGAUCUCUGAUGAUGAACUGGUCAGAUGGAGCAAAGAGGACUUGAUCAAGAGACUGAGAAGGGCUGACAGUGAGAAAAUGAACCUAAUGCUGGAACAUGGGAACAUGAUGAAGGACAUCAACCGCAGACUGCAGGUGCACCUCCAUGAGAUCCGUAAUCUAAAGGAGAUCAACCAAAAACUGCAAGAUGAUAACCAGGAGCUCAGGGAGCUCUGCUGCUUUCUCGAUGAUGAUCGGCAGAAAGGUAAGAAGCUGUCUCGGGAAUGGCAGAGGUUUGGGAGGUAUACGGCCAGCUCCGUGUGGAAAGAAGUGAGCACCUAUCAGCAGAAACUCAAGGAGCUGGAAGACAACCAGGAAAACAUCCUCCGGGAGAAUGCAGAACUAAAGGAGAUCAUUCUCAUGUUGGAUGAAGAUAGGAAUGGCGCAGGAUCUAGGAGCUCUAUAGACAGCCAGUCUAGUCUGAGCAACCUGAAUGGAGGUUCGAGCAUUGUCAGAGAUGUUGGCGAUGGGAGCAGUACCUCCAGCGGUGGAAGUGCUGGCAGCCCAGACCAUCAUCAUAAUCACAUACAUAAGACUUUAGAAACCAAGAUUGGCACCAUACGACGAUCAAUGGAUGAUCUCUCCGCUCCACAUCAUCACAGGAGCAUUCCCAAUGGACUCAAUGAUGCAUCCUCAAACUACAUUCGCCAGCUAGAAACCAAGGUCCGGAUUCUAGAAGACAAUAACAACAAACUGCUCUCACAACCCUGUAGCCGUUAUAGCUUAUCAAAGCUGUCCAUGAAGUCUAAUCCUGGAGACCUGCGAGUCCUGCGGAAGGGCAUGAACCUCUACCACUCCGAAUCACAGCUGUCUUCCCUCCCCCAGAGGCAGGAGGCCCUACUGAAUGGGACUGGAAGGCUACAGACCAGUGAGUCUUCUCCUUCCACCGGGUUUGUCUCAUCUGUACAGAAACCUGAAGCUGUGGUUCAUGCCAUAAAGGUUCAGGAGGUCCGUGAUAAUCUGGACAAGCAGCUUCCAGAAGAAAGUGAAGAAGACCUGAGUGAGAAAGAGAAAGCCAUAGUGCGAGAGAUGUGCAACGUUGUGUGGCGAAAGCUCGGUGACGCAGCAGGAUCAAAGCCGUCCAUCCGACAGCAGCUCUCUGGGAAUCAGUUUAAAGGUCAGCUCUAACACAUGAGGAACAUCUCUCCUUCUGUUCAGCCACCAUUAAACUCCAGCAGCACCAAACUG